AUGGCCCGUAACCUAUUCAUUUACCGUCCUGGAGCCUCCUCAACGGCGUGGGUCUGUUCCAACUGCCGCCCCCGCCCAAUGCGCAGAUCCCGUUGUUUUUCCAUAAAACCUGACCUCCAACCUCCACCGUCGGCUCCCAAGCCAACAAUAAGUGUCAAGUCAAUUCGCGAGUUCCCAGAGUACCAUCGCCAGAACUGCCUGAACCGGAAUUACCCCUCGCUCGCGGAUGCGCCCGAGCGGAUAAUUGCUCUUCAUGGAGAGUGGAUAGGACUGCAGAAGGGGUUGAGGGGGGACAAGGAACGUCAGAAUACGCUCUCGGCGCAAUUGCGUUCUAGGAAUCCGCUCGCGCGUGGCCCGCACGGCGGGGGAGAUAAGACGGAGGUUGCCGCCGAGGGACAGGAAGCGAAGAAGAGUCUAUUGGCUGAGGCGAAGGACGUAAAGGCUAAAAUAUCGGAGGUGGAGGAGAGGGAGAGAGUUUUGGAGAACGAGAUGAAGAGUCUUGCUAUUCAAUUACCUAACUGGACGCACAAGGAGUCGCCGAUCGGGACUGAGCCGAAACUCCUCGGGUACAUCAACCCCGAACUUGCCCCCCCAUCGCAGCGAACCGGUCCUCGGAUUUCGCAUAUCCAGAUUGGCGCGGAGUUGGGUUUGUUGGACUUUUCGGCUGCGGGGACGGUUUCUGGGUGGGGGUGGUAUUAUCUGCUUAACGAAGCAGUGCUGUUGGAGCAGGCAUUAGUCAAUUAUGCACUUUCGUUCGCAAUGAAGAGGGGGUGGAAGUUGGUUACUCCUCCGAAUAUUGUAUAUUCGCAUAUGGCUGCGGCAUGCGGAUUUCGUCCGAGAGAUCAGCAUGGUGAGCAGCAGAUAUACACACUUGACGGGGCAGAGGGGAAAAUUGAACACUGCCUUGCGGGGACGGCCGAGAUCCCAUUAGCUGGGAUGUACGCAAACAAAACCUUUGCGGAAGACCAACUCCCGGUGAAAUUGGUAGGAGUCGGGAGAGCUUAUAGAGCGGAAGCAGGAGCGCGGGGGGCAGAGAGCAAAGGCCUCUUCCGAGUCCAUGAAUUUACAAAAGUAGAGCUAUUCGCCUGGGGGCCACCCGGACAAGAAGAGUUCUCCACCCCCAAUAGCGAACCCAUCACCGCCACUAUCAUAACCUCUGCUUCCCUCUUUGAAGAAAUGCUCGACCUCCAAAAAUCGAUAAUCUCCUCUCUCGGCCUCCACGCGCGCAUUUUGGAAAUGCCGACAACAGACCUGGGCGCCUCCGCCAGCCGCAAGAUCGACAUCGAAGCCUAUAUGCCCUCGCGCGAGGCCAAGGACCCCUGGGGCGAAAUCAGCAGUCUGAGCAACUGCACCGAUUACCAGAGUCGUCGGCUGAACACCCGUGUCAAGAUAGCCAAGCCGGGUGCUGCCGGCGGAGUCAAGUCCGAGUUCCCGUGGACGCUGAACGGGACGGGGGUGGCGGUGCCUAGGGUUCUUAUGGCGAUCUUGGAGAAUGGGUGGUCGGAGGAGAGGGGCGGGGUUGUUGUGCCGGAGGUUUUGAGAGGGUAUAUGGGUGGGUUGGAGCUCAUUGGGAGGAAGAAGUAG